AUGUUUUUACUCUAUGUUAUAUUGAUUAUUUUCAGUGGAAUCUAUCGACAAGAUAAUCCAAUGGACUUUAAAAAAAUAUCUGAAAUAAUAAAAAAUGAAAUGAAAGGAAUGAUGCCAGAGAUUUAUGAUAAAUCUCCAGUUAAUAUGGAACGCAUCGCUAUUAAUCAGAGUGGUUCUAUUGGAUCAUUAUAUGAUGGAUACACAGACAAUAUUCGAGGACAACUAGGUCAUAAAUUCAAAAUUCACUGUGAUAAAAUAGAAAAAUCAAUGAAAUGUGAAUUUAUCAAUAAAUGUAUGCCUAAAUAUCAAAAUUUACUUAAAUUUGUUGAGAUUGAUCAACAGUUACGCUUAAGUAUAUUGUUAGAAAUGACUUAUGCAACUGGAAUAGCUUCCUUAAUUAAUUAUUCUCAAAUGAUUGAUGCGCGUACUCGACUUCUUUAUUUUUAUCAGGAAUCAAGGAAAGAAGCAAUUAAAGAUUAUAUAUGGAACUAUGUAACACCGUUAGCAGCAUCGGAAUGUAGAAAAUUCUCAACUCAUAUUAUAACUGAAAUCAUUUGGGGUAUUCAUUUUCUGGUUAUUCUACAAUUACCUCCUGAUCAAGAACAAGAAAUUGAUGUUGUGUUGCAAAAACUCCAAGAAAAUAUAAGGAACAAUCAACAUAUGGCACAAAUAAAUCUACAAGAAAGAGCUCUACUUGAUCGAAUUAUCACAACUACAAUCUAUUCAAAUAUCAAUUCUUUAACUAAAUUGAAAAAAUUUGAAUACAUUUAUCAGAUAAUAAAAGAUUUGCAAGAAAAUUUUGAAGUACAUCAAAGAUUAAAAUAUAUUCUUACUCCUAUUUCAUGGUUCUACGAUCGAUAUGCUUCACAUUUGCCAAACAUAAUUCUAUCUAUAUCAGAAGAGAUCGAAACUCUUGAUUAUUAUUUAUUUCAACAAAUAUCUGAAUUAAAAACAUUGAAUUUUCGUAUCAAUCAUAAUUUAUAUGACUUAUUACAAGGUAGAUAUAGAACACAAUUCAAAAAAAUUCAGGAAAAACUUUCAAAAUUACAAGUUUUACAAAUAAACGAUCUUGAACGACUGAAAAAUCUAGUUUUGAACAUCCGAAAUGGUAUAAGAUCUCAAAGUCUAAAUGAAAAAGUGAGUUUGGAUUCACCAAAGAAAAUUCAAGAAUUGAGUAACAAGAUUAUUAUCGAUAUAGAGCAAUUGAAAUCGAAAGUAAACUUUAUUAAACAACUACAAAAUGAAGGCUGUGAAUACUGUGAUGUUGUAGAUCUAGGCAUUCGAUAUGGAUUAUUACCAUCGAAAGUCAACGACAUACUUUUUGGUAAUGACUCCAACAAAGCUAUAUUUUAUUCAACUGAUGAAUAUAGAAAUAAUCAUAAAAUGGACUGGACUGAAAUCUAUUCUCAAUUAUUCGAGGAAAAAAGAAAGAAUCCGAAACUUCGUCUCGUCUAUGCUGAUUUCACUGAUUCAACAUAUGAAUUGAAAAAGAUGACAAUCGAAAUAUCUUCAGAUAUGAAAGCAAACCGAAAUACAUCAAAUUCUCAAUCAUCUGAAAGUGAUACAAAAAUAAAAACUUCUUCACUACCAUCACCAUCACCACCAUUGUCUUCAACUAAUGAUUUUAUUAAUAUUCUUCUUCUGGGAGAGUCUGGUGUUGGUAAAUCAACAUUCAUUAAUGCUUUUGCUAAUUAUCUUCAUUUUCAAACUCUUGCAGACGCUGAAAAAGCAGAACCAAUUGUUAUCAUACCUGUUUCAUUUCUAAUAACAAUCAAUGACAAUUUCGAUGAAAAAAUAAUUAAAUUCGGUCAUAUUGAUUCGAAUGAAAAUCAUAAUAAUUCAGGUCAAUCGGUAACUCAACAUUGUAAAUCUUAUGUUUUUGAUAUUUCGAAUGAAAAAAAAUUACGUAUUAUUGAUACACCUGGUUUUGGUGAUACACGUGGUGUUGAUCAAGAUGAUCUUAAUAUGGAAGGAAUAUUUUCUUUUCUUCAUAAUAUCAAUUAUUUAAAUGGUAUAUGUCUUUUAUUUAAACCUGAAGUUGUACAAUUAAAUCUUUAUUGGCAAUCUUGUCUUAUUCAAUUAUUUGAUUAUUUUGGUGAAAAUAUUGUUAAUAAUUUUAUAUUUUGUUUUACUAAUGCACGUUCAACAUUCUUUACUCCAGGUAAUACACGACCAUUAUUGAAAAAAUUGUUUGAAUCAUUUCCAAGAAAGAAUAUUCCCUUUGAGAAAAAUAAUACAUUUUGUUUUGAUAGUAAAGCAUUUCGAUAUUUAGUAGCAAUAAGAGAUUCAAUUACAUUUGAUUUAAAUAAAAGACAUGAUUUUGAACAAAGUUGGAUUCGAUCAACUAUUGAAUCAGAACGUUUUCGUGAUUUUCUUUGUCAUCUGCAUGAAUACCGUAAAAAUUAUGAAUGGCAAUCAAUUAAAGAUGCUCAAUUUCAAAUUAAUUUCAUGAUUCGUCCAAUAUUAGAAACUAUGCGAAAUCUUUAUCGAAAUAUUAUCUUAUAUAGUCUUAAUUUAUCAAUUGAACUUCGUGCAACACAUGGAAGUCCAUCAUCAAUGAUAUUCUAUAAAUGUAAUCGUAAUCCUGAGAAGUUUAAUGAUUUUUGGAUUUUACCAGAUCAUCUACAUAAUUCAUUGAAUAUGGUUAGUCUCAAUUGUGUUUUUAUUCAUUUAAACAUUUAA